AGUCGCUAAUACUAGGGGAAGUGAUGCCCGCAGCACACGAGGCUCUGCGGCGGGUGGAGGGCGCGUCGUUUCGUCCGCUGGCGGCCACGUGUCUGCACCACGGCGCCACGCCUAGGGCCUUCCUCGUGCUGGACGACCUGGUGGCGGCCGGCUAUCGACUGGCAGACGCCGAUCGACCGCUCGAUUACCAGCACUGCGAGGUGGUGAUGCGAGCGUACGCGCGCCUCCACGCCGGCACGGCCCACGUGCUCAGCAAGCACCCUGACUACGGCGUCCAACUCAAUACGGACAUGUUUGCAGCUGAGACCAUGGAGGGUUUGUUUCGUCAGAUGAUACGCUGCACGUGUUCUGCUAUUGCAGAUUUCAUAAAAAGGGUACCCGGCUGGGAAGAAUAUGCACCGAAGUACAUCGAGCUUGCGAACACCAUAAUGCCACGAGUGAAAGAGUCAUUGAUCCGUAAAAUGCAAGAUACCAAGCUGAAGGUUUUGCUUCACGCUGAUUGCUGGAAGAACAAUAUGAUGUUCAAGUACUCAGAAGAGAAGGUUGCUGGUGUGCGGUUUGUAGAUUUCCAGCUGACGCACGUGUCCAGCCCUGCCCGCGACCUGGUGUACUUCCUGUUCGCGAACGCUGGUCUGGACGCGCACGAGCGCCUGCCCUCGCUGCUGGAGACCUACCACUCACAGCUGCAGGCGUCGCUGCGCGCGCUGGGGAUGGCAGCUGCGGCGGACGCCUACCCGCUGGACGAACUCCUGAGGGAUAUAGAGGACCUGCAGUCCUUCGCGCUGUUCACAUCCACCCUCAGCGGGUUCGUUCUUUCCUGGGAACGUGUCGGAUACAAGUUCUCGCAGGCACUGCAUGACCUCAACAUAUCACCGGACUUGCUCUAUGGCGUCUAUGACAAUGAGUACUCGCAGCCUUACAUGAAGUACAUCACCCGUCACUUCGAGAGUAAGGGGCUACUGUGAUAGGCGUUAGCUGUACUGUAUUGGUGGAAAGGGCGAGAGCGGGGUAGAAUUGAAUAGACUCUAUACACACUGCUAAAUAUAUCAUUGCUGAUAGUUUAUUCACAGAGUUCAUCAGUCACAUUUAUAGAAGUCAGCAACCAUUAUUAUCAUUAGACUCUCUUGCUACUUAUCAAUAUUCGUCAAAAGCUAUAUUUAAUAGCCGACAUGUGAGCUGAGUUUUCGGAAUAAAUUUUAUGAGGUUACUGUUGCUUUCUUACAGAAAUCAAGGUGAAAAAUUCUUGUUGUAAUCGAGAUGACAUUCUAGUACAACUGAUACAUUGUCAUAGGAGGGUGGCGUUUAGCAUAUACUAACUAU